AUAAAGCCUUUAGCUCAUUGGGCCUGAAGCCCAGUUAUAUGUUCUCUCUGAGGAGAGAAGAAGAUGACACGUCGUUCUCUCUCUCCCCUGGCGACUUCGCCGACGUCAAUGAACAGCCGAUGAACAUAUCGACUGUGAGCAAAGCGAAGCUUCUUCUUCUUCUUCCACUGAUACCCAAACUAAGCCGCUCCUUGUACUCUCACUCUCACUCUCACUCUCACUCUCAUCGUCGAACUCGUUCCCUUCCCCAUCACAAAGACCAAAACUCCACACACACUCUCGUCUUCCGCAACCCUCUCCUCUCGCUCCUCGAGAAAUGCGUAUCCUUGCUCCAUCUGAAGCAGAUCCAAGCUCGAAUGAUCCUCAACGGCUCCAUCCUCGACCCGUUCGACUCAAGCCGACUGAUCGCUUUCUGCGCAUCUCGCGACGACAACCUCGGUUACUGCGUGAAGCUUCUGAGAGGAGUCGACAACCCUAACGCAUUCUCUUGGAACGUAACGAUCAGAGGAUUCUCCGAGAGCCCGAGCCCUAAAGACGCGGUUUUGAUCUACAAGGAGAUGCUUAGAGACGGCGGCGAGUCACGACCUGAUCGUUACACAUACCCUGCUCUGUUCAAGGUCUGUGGUGAUCUCGCGUUAGGUCAUAUGAUUCUUGGGCAUGUUCUUAAGAUGGGAUUGGAGCUGGUCUCUCACGUGCAUAAUGCUUCGAUUCAUAUGUUGGCUCGUUUUGGUGAGAUGGGGAAUGCGCGGAAGGUGUUCGAGGAAAGUCCUGUGAGAGAUUUGGUUUCUUGGAACUCGUUGAUUAAUGGGUAUAAGAAGAUGGGACAGGCUGAGGAGGCGAUUGAGGUUUAUAAGCAGAUGAAGUCUGAAGGAGUGGAGGCGGAUGAUGUGACGAUGAUCGCGUUGGUUUCAUCGUGUGCUAUGCUGGGAAGUUCGAGUCUUGGGAGAGAGUUUUAUGGAUACAUAAGAGAUAAUGGAGUUAGGAUGACUGUUCCUCUCGCUAAUGCUCUGAUGGAUAUGUUCUCGAAAUGCGGAGAUGUUCACGAGGCACGGAGAGUGUUUGAUAGCUUGGAGAAGAAGAGAACAAUUGUAUCGUGGACUACGAUGAUUUCAGGGUAUGCUAGAAGUGGCUUGCUUGAUGUUGCUAGGGAGCUUUUCGACGAGAUGGAAGAGAAAGAUGUCGUGUUGUGGAAUGCUAUGAUCGGUGGAUCAGUCCAUGCAAAGCGUGCUCAAGAUGCUCUGGCACUGUUCCAAGAGAUGCAGACUAGCAGCACAAAGCCUGAUGAAAUCACCAUGAUUCAUUGCCUCUCGGCGUGUUCUCAGCUCGGUGCUCUUGAUGUAGGGGUUUGGAUCCAUCGUUACAUCGAGAAACAUAAUCUUAGUCUCAAUGUUGCUCUAGGGACUUCGUUGGUCGACAUGUAUGCCAAAUGUGGUGACAUCUCAGAAGCUCGCAGUGUUUUCCAUGGAAUGAAAACAAGAAACUCACUUACGUACACAUCGAUGAUCGGUGGCUUGGCUCUUCACGGAGAUGCAUCCGCUGCUAUAUCAUACUUUAAUGAAAUGAUUGAUGCAGGGAUAGCCCCUGAUGAGAUAACUUUCAUAGGGUUAUUAUCAGCUUGUUGCCAUUCAGGAAUGGUCCAAGCCGGCCGUGAUUAUUUCUCUCAGAUGAAGUCUAGGUUCAACUUAAAUCCCCAAUUGAAACAUUACUCAGUUAUGGUAGACCUUCUAGGAAGAGCUGGGCUACUAGAAGAAGCAGAGAAGCUCAUGGAAACUAUGCCAAUGGAGGCAGAUGCUGCGGUUUGGGGGGCUUUAUUUUUUGGUUGCAGGAUGCAUGGUAAUGUCGCAAUGGGAGAAAAAGCGGCUGAGAAGCUUUUAGAACUUGAUCCGGAUGAUAGUGGAAUCUAUGUGUUGCAGGGUAAAAUGUAUGGAGAGGCUCAUAUGUGGGAAGAUGCAAAGAAAGCGAGGAGGAUGAUGAAUGAGAGAGGCGUAGAGAAGACUCCAGGUUGCAGUUCUAUUGUGGUUAAUGGAGUUUACUUUGAGUUUAUCGUUAGGGAUAAGUCGAGACCAGAGUCUGAGAAGAUAUAUGAUUGUUUAAAUUGUCUUAGAAGACAUAUGGGGAGCUCUUCGAGUGUACGCUCGGAAGUUCCGGAAAUGACAUCCAGUUGAAUGAAACAGCUAAACGCUUCUGUUGUUUCUUCAUGGGUCAACAUGAGAGCUAAAAGCUCCUGUGACAUUAACUAAAUAAUACACAAGUUGGGUUAUUCAUUGUUCCAAGAAAAAAGGGCGAGGGUAGAGUCUGUUUGGAGGAGAGACUUUAAUAGAGAUUUUUGGCAGGCCCUUUAACUGGGAGGAUUGGAUUAGAAAUCACUUUGGUAAAGUUGCAAUCACCAAUUUUUUUUUUUUGAAACACACAAUCAAUCACCAAUUUAAAGAAAAAGAAACAGGUGAUUUUCACCAUGCAAGAGCCACUGAAUUGUGGAGGGUAGAUAACACAUUGAUAUGUAACCUAAUCAUUAUUGAGAAAUUCUCUAAGAUAUUUCUUUUUA